CUAUUUUCACUUGGUUUUUACUGCAUUUCAUACAAGUGUGAAAAUAUUGAAAUAUACUAUAUAUAAACCAGUUUUUAUAAAUGGGACCUCCUGGUUUUUUUCCGCGAGGGAGUAGAGGCGGUGGAUUCCAUCGCAGAGGUGGUGAUCAUGGGGGCUUCAGAAGCGGCCAUGGAGGAUUUGGUAGGGGAGGCAGAGGAGGAGGUAGUGACCAUGGAAGAUUCAGAGGAAGCUAUGGAGGUGGAGGAUUUGGCAGGGGAGGUAGAGGAGGAGAUAGUGACCAUGGAGGAUUCAGAGGUAGAUAUGGAGGUGGAGGAUUUGGCAGAGGAGGACGUGGUCGGGGUGGCGGAGGCAGAGGUGGUAAGAAAACUAAUGUUGAACCUCAUAGGCAUGAAGGUGUCUUCAUUGCUCGAGGAAGGCAAGAUACUUUACUUACCCUGAAUUUAGUUCCUGGUGAUUCAGUAUAUAAUGAGAAAAGAGUUAAAGUUGAAGAAAAUGGAGAAAAAAUUGAAUAUAGGGCUUGGAAUCCUUUCCGUUCAAAAUUGGCUGCUGCCAUCAUGGCAGGCAUUGGGAAUAUUCACAUGAAAAGAGGUUCUCAAGUUUUGUACCUUGGUGCAGCAUCUGGUACCUCUGUAUCUCAUGUGUCUGAUAUUGUUGGGCCUGAGGGCAUUGUUUAUGCUGUAGAGUUCUCACAUCGAUCAGGAAGAGAUCUUUUAACUGUUGCUCAGAAGAGGACCAACAUUGUACCCAUAAUUGAAGAUGCCAGAUUGCCAUAUAAAUACAGAAUGAUUGUUCGCAUGGUUGAUGUAAUUUUCUCUGAUGUUGCCCAACCUGAUCAAGCAAGAAUCCUUGCCCUAAAUGCUCAAUCAUAUCUGAAAAAUGAAGGUCAUUAUAUUAUUUCCAUAAAAGCCAAUUGCAUCGAUUCCACAGCAAAUCCUGAAGCUGUAGUUGCAAAUGAAAUCGAAAAACUUCGCAAUGAUAAGUUAAAACCAUUGGAAUCAAUAUCUUUAGAACCUUAUGAAAGAGAUCAUACUGUUGUUAUUGGUAUUUUUAUGCCACACAGCAAAGAUGAUAGUGCUAUGGAAACAGUUAAAUAAUUCUGAAUGCUAUUUUAAUGUUUGUCAUUUUU